CACACACAACCGACAUGUGCUAUAUGUAUGGAGGAGUUCAUACCAGCAUGUCUCAUGCGAACAUUGCCGUGUUUGCAUCAUUUCCAUGUUGACUGUAUCGAUCGGUGGUUGCUCGAAGAGAGCUCAGAAUGCCCCUCAUGUAAGACUGAUUUCGGCAGUGGGUGGUCGUUGGAUCAAAGCUCUCGUGAUAUACGAGAAU